AGAGUACGAUCUGCCGUCACCGACCUUCUCUCACAGAGAUUUCCACCGAAGAAACUUUAUUGUCGCAAGGCACAGGAAGACUUUUCAUACUGGGAUGAUGACAAUAGCCAGAGCACUUCAUCGAGAGACUCUUCUAACAGCAACACCCCAAAUGGGAGAACUGCCCAGGACGACCUUCCCCCAAUUCAGCCGCCGCUCAGCCUCCAGAAGAGUCCAAUAUUUCCUCCUAAACUCCCACAAUCUAAACCAAAUAAGUUCAGCCACCACCUCAUCAACGAGCAUCCAUGGGCAAAACACGUUACUGUCCGUGAACGUCCGUCCAUUCUGUCCGAGGACUGUGUCACAAGCUCUCUUCCACUUGAAGUUUAUCGCCACAUUCCCGAUAUGGGCUAUUUUUCGUACGAAUUCGUCCAGUCGCUGUUCCCUCGCUAUCACCAGCAGCCCAACUCCACUCAGCCACUUCCAAUCUUCGAGCUCAUGCGUCUUCAGGACGCUGUCGACUUUCGCAAGCACUCGUUGAAGAUCAUUGACCAGCUCAAGGGUGGCACUUAUGUGGCCCGUGAAAAUAGUGAUCCAGGAAUGUUUCUACCGCGAUCCGCUUCUUCCGAGUCGCCGGCGUCGGUAGACGAUCAGCUCGCUCUGUGCAAGCUGGUCCGUCCAAUCAUCCCUUCCCAUCCGCAAGAAGGACUGCUACCGUUGAAGAUUUUCGAUAUUCCUCGUGACGAUAGGGACUGGAUCGAUGACCGUGUCGGUAGAUUCACGAAUUACUUCAAAAACCCCCGACAAGCCCACCACAGAAUGACCAAGCUGUUCAACGUUGGCUGCUCUGCUCUACUGGCCAUCGAAGGUAUGAACGACGACAGAAGUACACGGAGGCUGACGGCUACAGUACCCAGCCUGACUGCUUUCCCGAUUCGGUUCCACUUCACUUUGCGAUUGGAUUCAGAGUCCGGGUGGACUGCAAAUCGCUCUGUCUUCCUGUGGAUAGUUGGAGCCGCUUCUGUUGAGCGCGUCUCGAUUCUAAGAACAAAAUUUGACCCUAAGGAAAAGACCCUCGACAUCCAACUCGUCUCUUCAGCUCGCCUUCAUCGCUCUCUCAUGUUAGAGGUGAAUAAAUACAGCAAGGAAAUAGAGGGUACCAUCUACAUUGACAUUUGUGUCAAGCUAGCCCGCCAGUGUGUCAAUCGGACAGUGCCAGUGUACCCGAUGCUCACCAAGCACAAGCUCUUCGAGAACAUCACGAGAAACAGCGAGUGUCGAGGAGCGCAGGUGCUCGAUGCGGUCUACAACAACCUGUCCUCCUAUAAAAUAGCUGGUUCCGACUACCUGUACCGAACAGCAAAACGAAUCUCCUUGGAUGGCAAGUCCCUCGAACUUGGUUCAGACCAGGUGGCUGCUAUCCGACUAGGAUGUGAUGAUCGUCGUCCAAUUGUGGCCAUUCGAGGACCAUUUGGCUCAGGAAAAACUCUGGUCGCUGCUUUGAUAGCCGCACGGGUUGUGCGCAAACAAAAAGGCUUUUCUAUCAUCACUGCCACCACAAAUGGCGCAGUGGCGCAAAUCACCGACACCGUUCUGAAACUCGAUGAGUACAGAGACCUGCCCGUGCUGCGCUACGUGUCCGACACUUCGCUUAUCGAAGGUAAUCCUUCGACCACUGUCGAUAUAAAUAGCAUACUGAAACGCCUACCCGAUGACUAUUUUGAACAGUUGUCGCGUGAGGAUUUGAGGACUUGUCGAAGUUUCAAAAAAGGGCGUGAGCUACUGGAGAAGUACUUAUUCACCCCGGAAAACGGGUUACAUCUGACCGCGUCUGAGCAAAAAGAGUACCGUCUGGCCGAGCAGGAGGCAGCGCCAACUGCCCUCAAGCCGAGUGGAAAAGGAGAACAGCAUGGAUGCCGACCGAGUUUCCGAAGGCAGCAACCGACUUAUCCAGAAAACAACUCCAUAGAUGCUUUAUCCGACAAUCAGGAAUGCUUCCGUCCC